AUCUGGCAGCACUCUUUCUGACAAAAUCGCCAAACAGGAAAUAUUUUCAUCCGUAAAAAUGGCAAACCGCGCUGGCCGACACGCUCGCACUGAGGAUUCAGACAACACCAUAAACUACGUCCAGUGCGAUGGCCUGGCCGUGAUGAAAAUGGUGAAGCACUGCCAUGAGGAGUCGAGCAACAUGGACCUCGCCCAGGGCGCCCUGCUCGGCCUGGUGGUGGACAAGUGCCUGGAAAUCACCAACUGCUUCCCGUUCCCCAAGACCGGCGAUGAGAGCAUGGAUGAGGAAAUGUACCAGCUGACGGUGAUGCGUCGCCUCCGUCGCGUCAACGUGGAUCAUCUUCAUGUGGGCUGGUACCAGAGCUCCGAUGUGGGCAACAGCCUGUCGCUGGCUCUGUUGGAGUCGCAAUACCACUACCAGACCAGCAUUGAGGAGUCCGUUGUGGUGGUCUACGACACGCAGAAGUCGUCGCGCGGCUUCCUCUGCCUGAAGGCCUACCGCCUCACGCCGCAGGCCAUCCAGAUGUACAAGGACGGUGACUUCUCGCCCGAGGCAUUCCGCACCUUGAAGGUGGGCUACGAGAGCCUGUUCGCCGAGAUUCCCAUUGUCAUCAAGAACUCUCCGCUUACCAACAUCAUGAUGAGCGAGCUGAACGAGCUGCUUCCCGAGGAUAAGGGCCACAACUUCCUGGAUCUGGGCACGGCCUCGGUGCUGGAGAACCAGAUGCGCAGCCUGAUUGAGCGUGUCGACGAGCUGUAUCAGGAGGCGGUGCGCUACAACAAGUACCAGCAGGUGGUCUUCAAGCAGGAUACGGAGAAACACCGUGCCCUGGCUAAGCUGGCCGCCGAGAAUGCUGUGCGGACGUCGAAGGGUGAGCCAACGGUGCCCGAGGAGGAGGUUAUCAAGCAGUUCCGCCCAAUGCCCGUGCCCAUCCGUCUGGCGGCCGCAAUUACCUCUGGCCAGAUCAACACCCACGCCCAGCACAUUGCCCAAUUCUGCUCUCAGUCGCUGGCCAAACUCUUCAUCACCGAAUCGCUGCAAAACGCUAAGGAAGCCAAGGAAAUUAAGUAGAUUAGCUUAUACGUUAUAUGUUUUUUUAAACUGAGGCCACAUCGUAAUUGAGAAACAAACACCGCGAUAUUCCUGUGCAUUCUGAUGAUAAAAAUAAAACUGUACCCCAUUGGAUGUGACUGGAGGCGAAUUACAAA